UGCAAAUAUCUCGGCUCCAGGUUCGGUCGCUCUCAGUCGCUCUCAGUAUUAGUUGUCGCUUCUCACACAACACAGCACAGCAUGUGGUCGAAGAUUGCCAUUAGUGGAGCCCUGCUCGUGAUGGGUGGCGCUCUGGCCGCCAGCGUGGUGGACAAUUUCGCUUAUGUGGAUCGCUCCCUGGAGGUGGCCAUGCCCAAGGCAAAGCGUCAUGCGGCGCAGGAGUAAUCUGAACUCUAUAACGGAAUGGAACGGAAUGGAACGGACCGGAGCGGAGCGGAGGAAGUGCCUGCCCUGCCCUGCCCUGCCCUAAAAUUUGGAGUUUUGAGUGGAUCUCAAUCCAAGCU